GAAGCCCGAAUGCCCGUAUUUUAUUUUGAAGGACCACACCGGAGAUCCUUUAACCUUUCUAGUUAGUUUGACACUGUGUAAACAUGGCGAGCCUGGCAGAUGUCGGCUGGAAACUCCUGGAAUUCAAAGCCCGAUCAAAAAGAUCAGGUUCUAUCUAUGAACCUCUCAAGCUGUCCAAUCUCCAGCGUGAGGAUGAGCCCCUGUGGGAGAAGCUGGACCGCUACUACAGUGCCGUCAAGACAACCAUUCUGAACUACCAGAGUCCCACCACUGGUCUUUUCCCGAUUAAAACCACCUGCAAGGAGGCCAAGGUCCGGGACUCCCUGUACUGUGCUGCUAGUGCCUGGGCUCUGGCUAUAGCCUACCGACGCAUCGAUGACGAUAUGGGACGAACCCAUGAAUUGGAGCAUUCUGCCAUCAAGUGCAUGAGAGGGAUCCUCUACUGCUACAUGAGACAGGCUGAUAAGGUGGAGCAGUUCAAACAAGAUCCCAGCCCCUCCAAGUGUCUGCACUCCGUGUUCAAUGUGGACACUGGUGACGAGGUGUACUCCUACAGCGACUACCACCAUCUGCAGAUCGAUGCCGUUUCUCUGUUUCUGCUGUACCUGGUGGAGAUGAUCUGCUGUGGUCUGCAGAUCAUUUACAACACUGAUGAGGUUUCCUUCAUCCAGAAUCUGGUAUUCUGUGUGGAAAGAGCCUACAGGGUGCCCGACUACGGGAUGUGGGAGAGAGGCAGCAAAUACAACAACGGCAGCACUGAGCUGCAUUCCAGCUCUGUGGGCCUGGCUAAAGCUGCUCUGGAGGCCAUCAAUGGAUUCAACCUGUUUGGAAACCAGGGCUGUUCAUGGUCGGUGAUAUUUGUGGAUCUGGACGCCCACAACAGGAACAGGCAAACUCUGUGCUCCCUACUGCCCCGAGAGUCUCGUUCACAUAACACAGAUGCAGCCUUGCUUUCAACCAUCAGCUAUCCUGCCUUUGCAGUAGAUGAUGAUGCCCUGUACAGUCAGACACUGGACAAAAUUGUCCGCAAGCUGCGGGGCAAGUAUGGCUUCAAACGUUUCCUUCGUGAUGGCUACCGCACUGCUAACGAAGACAAGAAUCGCCGCUACUACAAACCUGCUGAAAUGAAGCUUUUUGAUGGAAUCGAGUGCGAGUUUCCCAUAUUUUUCAUCUACAUGAUGAUUGACGGGGUGUUCAGAGGAAAUAAAGCUCAGGUCAAAGAAUACCAGGACCUCCUUGAACCCAUCAUCUUCCAGUCUUUUGAGGGCCAUGCUGUGAUCCCCAAAUACUACUACGUACCAGCUGACUUUGUGGAGGCGGAGCAGAACAAGCCUGGAAGUCAGAAGCGUUUCCCUAGCAACUCCGGCCGUGACGGGAAGAUCUUCCUGUGUGGUCAGGCCCUUUACACCAUCGCCAGGCUGCUGGUGGAUGAGCUGAUCAGCCCUAAAGAUAUUGAUCCCAUCCACCGCUACGUGCCCCGCCAGGACCAGCGCAACGUCAGCAUGCGAUACUCCAAUCAGGGUCCCAUAGAGAACGACGUAGUUGUUCACGUGGCCCUGAUAGCAGAAAGCCAGAGACUGCAGGUGUUUUUGAACACCUAUGGCAUUCAGACCCAGACGCCCCAGCAGGUGGAACCGAUCCAGAUCUGGCCUCAGAAGGAACUGGUCAAGGCAUACCGUUUCCUUGCUGUGAAUAAGAAACUGGGGUUGAGUGGGCGUCCAGAUAGGCCAGUGGGCUGCAUCGGGACCUGCAAGAUUUAUCGUAUCCUGGGCAAGACGGUGGUGUGCUACCCAAUAGUGUUUGAUCUAAGUGACUUUUACUUGUCUCAAGAUGUUAUGCUGUUGAUUGAUGACAUUAAGAACGCCCUGCAGUUCAUCAAACAGUGCUGGAAGAUGCAGGGACGUCCUCUCUUCCUGGUUCUCAUCCGCGAGGAUAACAUCAAGGGGAGCCGCUUCAACCCAGUCUUGGACAUGCUGGCCUCGUUCAAGAAAGGCAACAUUGGAGGGGUCAAAGUUCAUGUCGACAGACUUCAGACCCUGAUAUCUGGAGCAGUGGUGGAGCAGUUGGACUUCCUACGUGUCAACGAGGCAGAGAUCCCAGAGUUUAAGAGCUUUGAGGAGCUGGAGCUGCCUAAGCACUCCAAGGUGAAGAGACAGACGAGUACACCCAACGCCUCAGACCUGGAGCAGCAGCCAGAGAUCAGUGUGGAGGAGUGGCUGCACAAGCCGACCAAUGAGAUCAUCCAGAAGUUCCAUGACUGUGACUGCUUGGCCAGUCAGGCUCAGCUUGCCGGCAUCCUUCUUAGGAGAGAAGGACCAGACUUCCUUGCCAAAGACGAGAACCUGAUGGAUGAACUGGAGAGAAUCUACAGAAGAGCUGGCAGCAGAAAGCUUUGGCUGGCAGUGCGCAGUGCUGCUGCCAUUAUCAAGAAGUUCGCCAGCUCUAUAGCUCCUCACAUCACCACAAUACUGGUGCAUGGGAAACAGGUGACCCUGGGUCUGUUCGGCCAAGAGGAGGAGGUGAUCUCCAAUCCACUGUCGCCAGGGGUGAUCCAAGGCAUCAUCUACAGCAAGUGCUCCCCUCAGGGCGGAGAGCGGGAGGCCGUUCUUCAGCAAGAGCUGGUUAUCCAUAUUGGGUGGAUUAUCUCCAACAACCCUGAGCUGUUCAGCGGCAUGCUGAAGAUCAGAGUCGGAUGGAUUGUCCAGGCCAUGAAACAUGAGCUGAAGAUCCGGGCAGGAGACAUGCCUCCUCUGGACAUCCACCAACUCUCGCCCAGCGACAUCAAGCAGCUCCUGCUGGACGUCCUGCAGCCACAACACACAGCUAGGUCUUGGCUGAACAGGCGUCAGAUCGAUGGGUCUCUGAACAGGACCCCUCUGGGCUUUUAUGAUCGUGUGUGGCAGAUCCUGGAGAGGACCCCCAAUGGUAUUGUGGUGGCUGGGACUCACCUCCCACAGCAACCUACACUGUCUGACAUGACCAUGUAUGAGAUGAACUUCUCCCUGCUGGUGGAGGACACGCUGAAGAGCAUUGUCCUGCCUGAGUACAGACAAAUCAUAGUGGAGCUGCUGAUGGUGGUGUCCAUAGUUCUGGAGAGAAACCCAGAGCUGGAGUUCAGCGAUAAGGUGGAUCUGGACGGCCUGGUGAAGGAAGCCUUUAAUGAUUUCCAGAGGGAUCGCAGCCGCUUUGAAGGCAUAGAGAAGCAGGAUGACAUGGAGGCAUUCUACAACACACCCCCAGUGGGAAAGAGAGGCACCUCCAGCUACCUGACCAAGGCUGUUAUGAUCCAGUUGCUGCAAGGGGAUGUCAAGCCCUGCAAAGACGACCCGUGCUCUGUUAGCUAGAUUUACAACUCUUUGACCCCUAAUCUCUACCUGCCACAGUGUAGUCAUCAAAUGGUCUGGCGAGGACUACAGAGUAUCCAUCACAUGUAUUCAGAAGAUAACCUCUAGCCUCUCUAAUGCUCCCCUUGGCAGGACUCUGCCCAGUCCUGCAAACUAGAUUUUUCCUGGAGUUUUGCCUCAACAAUAGCACAGUUAGCAGAAGAUUUAAGAGCCGUAGAUGAACAUGUCUGCAGUUUGCAGUUCUGUAUGCCAACUGUGCUGUGUAUUCAAAUUAAGAUUUACCUUGACUUGUUCUAGUUAUUUAUUACCAUUGGUGGCUAUUAAAGUCAAAUGCCACAUAACUAGCUAACAUUGCCGCAACUGGCUAGAAUUAGAAUGUUUGCACUUUGUUGUGAUAAUAGCAUACAUCCACCAGUUGUGCUUAACCCAGUAGCACCUAGAGUCUUGCUUUACCUCUACACAUCUUUCAGUUCAGUUCAGUUUAGCUCCAUAUUAGCAUACAGACUUGAGUGUGUAUCAAUCUUGUCACAUCAGAGAAUCAGCAUGUUUCCCAACAUGUCCCAACUUUCUUUUCUUUCUUUUUUGGUGUUGCUUAGAAAUCCAGUGUGUAUUCUGACUAUCAGGUAUUUCAAAAUAAUGCUACUAUGAACUCUGCUAAAUGAACCAUGGGCUCGGAUCAACCGUUCAAACUGUACCUCACCAGCAAUAACCUACAGCUGUUACAUAGCAAUUAGUCAGUAUAAUGAGAGAUGUGGUUCUCAAAUUGGCCCAAUUGGCUCCCAGGGGCAUUAUAAGUACAUCACAUAUCACCAGGCAUAAAAAGCGGUUAGGUCUGCCAUUAUUUUCUUUAUUAUUCAUCAGUAUAAAUUAAUGAAUUAUCAUCAGAUUGUAUUUUGAUAUGGUUAUCUUCUCUUAAACUGUCUGUGGGUCUUUGUCAUUAGAAGGUUUGAGAACCACUGCAUAUAUUGAAAUAUUUGGAUUUUAUAGGGAAUUACACAGUAUAUUCAGCUGAAAAUGCAUACAUGUCAGCGUGUGGUGUUUGUUCAACUGUGCUGAGUUUCUCCUCUUUCUCUCUCCUUGUCCUCAAUGCAUGCACAGUCUGCUGCAUGAAAAUAGGUACUGUUUGCCACAGCCAUCAUGAUGGUUGCUCUGAAUGUUAUGGGCUACAAAAUAGAGUUUCUGAGAGGCCUGUUUUGCACACUAGGGCUCUGCAUGACAAUGACUACUGCUCAUCUGAAGUCCUGGGACUGAGGACCCUUUAGAAAAUGCUGUUUUGUUGAAUAUGGGCAACAGAAAAGCCUGCUGUCAUCCUUACGUAGACAUGAUAAAAAAAAAACUAACUUUGACUUAUUUUAAAGCGUGCCUCUAUGAAUAUCAUCACUGUGAUGAAUCCGCCCAACCUUGUCACUGUGUGUGUGUGUUGUUUACUGUUGUUCAAAAAAAGUAUUUUUAACUCAAAACUGUAGUUUCAAAUAAUAAAGUUAUUAUGGAAACUAUAAA